UCCAAUCAAUAAAAUCAAGUGCAACUCCGACUUUUCUUUCAGUCUGCGAACUGUGAUGUUGAUCAGGACUGACGAUUAUGGCAGCUUGAAUUUGUUUUCGCUUUCAUUCGAUUCGGGGGCAGUCUUCGUGCGUGUUCGAGUUCCAUCUGCUGGCGGAGAUCGCUCCGCGCGGACUUGGACGUCCACGUCCGAGUCACGUCCGGUCAGGUUCAAGUUCAAUGUGCAUAUAGCCGCGGGCACAGGAAGCACUCGAUUGCAGUUGUGCAAACCAGUUAGACGCGCUCCUCGCUAGCUGAAUUUAUUCGGGGUUUGGGGGUUUAUUCAACGCCGAUCUUUGCCAGAUAUCUAGCGUAGCCAGGAGGCAUCCGCCUUGCUACUACGGUGGGUGCAGCACGACGGGAGGUUCUUUGCAUAAUCCACCAUCGCCUCCAGCGAGCCAUCCAUCGCCGUUCCAAGGCACUGGGCACACACACGAAUUAAAUAUAUAAAUUAAAGCGAAAACAAAAGAGCAGAGCAAAAUAUUUCUGGUAAAAUCUCAGCCAGGUGGGUGCAUCGGCAGCGACGCCGCUUUGUCAUUCGACUGGUUCCAGCUGCGCCUCUUCGAGCCACAAAACCAGACCACUUUCUUGGCGCUCAGCUCAGUUGCCGAAAGAAAGUCCGACGAGUCGCGACCGCCGGGAGCCGCGAGGAAAAUUUCAAUCUCAAUCUCGAACUCAAACUCAAAAACACCAGAUCCACCGUGGAUUUUGGAAUCGCUGCGGACCGCCGCCAAUGAAAGUUGUGUUGAUGUUAGCGUCGAUUUCGGAUUUUGUUUUUCCAAACUCCGCUGAGUAGAGUUUAGUUCGCGUUUUGUCUACCGCUCGAAAUGUGCAAUUUGUUUUGGCUUUCGGUCUGUUUUUUGGCCCUGUGGUUGCCCUUCGCCCUGAGCGAGUCCAAUGCCACCAGUGUGGAGACGAGGGAUCCCAAGACUGAGCAGAAGAAAGAGCUGGUGCCCACGGCAGAGAAACUGAUCCGAUACCGCCGACAGCCACCCUACGCCGUGAUCAAGCGCUCCAAGCAGCGCCGGCGGACCAAGGGUCCACCCAAGAUCAAGUAUGGACCACCACCGCCCCACAUUCGCUACUCGAAGCCCUCGUUUCCGGCACAUAUCGAGGAGCCUAGCUUCUCACUGGAUGACUUUCAGCACCUGAAAUUCGAUGGUUCGGACUUCAAGAUCCCUACAUCGGGCUACGAAGCUCAGUCCAUGGACCUGGAUUUCUAUAACCACGAUACGGAACCUGAUCUCUAUGGAGCCCACAAGUUCCCGAGCCUGGACUUUGGUUUGGUCACCACCCACGAACAUGUCCCGCACCAGAAGUACGGGUUGCCCCCUCUGCAGCAGAGUUUCCAGCCGGAUCACUCCUUUGCCACGCACUAUGAGCCACCUCCUGCUCCACCGGCUCACCCGCCAUCCACUCGCUAUGGAGUGCCCUCUGCUCCUGUGGAGGUCCCCAGCUAUACGCAUCAGGAUCUGCCGAAUCCAGAUUCCUAUUCCAUUUAUGAGCAGAAGAUACCUAAUGUGGGCUAUCAUCAGAACUUCGCAGAGCCACCCAAGCAGCCGCCUAAACAUGCUUCUAAUCAUAAUCCCAAUUUUGAGAUUGCCUAUUCCCCGCCUGCCUUCGAGAUCAGCACUUCCUAUCAGUCGAACCACCAGCAAAGCUAUGUGCCACCUCAUUCCUCGCAGCCCCAUGAAGGAUUCGCUGAGCCGCCGUCCAAUAAUUAUGUGAAGCCUCCUGCUCAUCCUCCAGCGAAUAGCUAUGCUCCACCUGAACAUCCUUCUUCGAGCUAUGACCAGCCGCCACAGCAUCCCUCUUCCAGUUAUGAUCACCCUCCCUCGCAUCCUUCACCCAGUUAUGAUCAGCCACCCCAACAUCCCUCCUCCAGUUACGAUCAUCCUCCCCAACAUCCCUCCUCCAGUUAUGAUCAGCCACCUCAACAUCCCUCUUCCACUUAUGAUCAUCCACCUCAACAUCCCUCCUCCAGUUAUGAUCAACCGCCACCGGAUUACCAGCAUCCGCCUUCAUCGACAUACGACCAACCACCCCAGCAUCCUCCCACAAACUAUGUAUCCUCCGAUUCCCAUUCCAUCAAUAGUUAUCCCCAGGACGACUAUGCCCCGCCCUCGCAGGAACUGCCCCUGAAUCCGCACCACAAGUUCCCUAGCUUUGAUUUUCCCAAGUCCAGCUACGAAGUGCCCAUCUACGAUCCCGUGCCCUUCGAGGCCUCCAAUCGAGAUGAGCAGGAGUCCUAUCCACCCAUCCUGGCAUCCUCUCCCGAUCAGAAUGAGAUAACCUCAGAUGCCCAUGCGGCUGGUAGUUCCAAGCGGCGGAAGAGGAAGCGAAAGCCCAGUGCUGGCAUUGUGCCUGCUAAACAUACGUUGGAUGUUCCCGAGCUUCAGCAGGCCUAUGAUGCGGACAGCCAUUCGGGGGAUUCCAAUGAAAAUGCGGAUACGGAUGCGAAUAGCUCACACUAUGUGGAACGGAAGCAGACCUUCUUCAACUUUGUAACGCCCACAACGUCGACGUCGACUACACCGGCACCUUGGAGUCCAAUGAGGGGCAGGAGUGGUACGACCCGCGGGGCAUUCAUACCCACCAUUAUCACAAGUACUCCGGGAACUCCCACUACGGCUAAGAGUAGGAAUAGGGGUUCAUCCCGGUAUCGCACAAACCAGCAGGCCGUGAAUCCCAGUUCACCGGAUCCCAACACCACCAGCGUCCGCAUCGAUCAAUCCCAUUCGCAAAGCUACUACGAUGGAACUAUUGCACCGCCCACCAGGCAGCAGUUUUCACCCACAACUGGAGGGCGUGGUUCACGACCUACUCGACCUGGCUACGUUAGGAACCACGGUGCAGUGUCUCCGCUGGCACUGCAGCCGGCCGAUCCUGGCAGAGGUCCAGCCACGUCCAAGAGAACCACCAAGGGCGUCUUUGACACUACGUUGUUCAAGAGCCCGCUCAGCGAUCGAGAAAUGGAACGAAAUUUCCAUGGGUUGCGUCAGAACUUGCCAAAAAAUCACAAACUAUUUUGAAUGCUAAGUUAACAGGAGGCAUAGCUUAAAGACUUGGUUAACUAUUUCAUAGACUUCAGAACUUAGUUAUAAGAUUGUUAAAUAACUUAAAUAAAUCGAACACUCCAUUAAA